AUGACUCCGUCUCUGACGAAGAGGAGUUAUUCCACGAACGAGACUUUGAAACAAACAAACGAUGGCUCUGUUUAUGUUAUGUUGAGAGAUUACUAUAGGAAAUCUCACGGCAAGUAUCCAUCCGCAGCAAAGAUGUUGAAUCUUUUACGUGACCGAGACACUCGACUAUUAAGCAUAGCAAGCAGUCUUAUCUUAAGGCCCUUGCAAAACUUCGCGACGGUUACAAAAGUCGAUGAUGAUGAUAUCCUAGAGGCAUUGAAACCAGGUGUUGUUAAGUUGUGCGAGAACGAUCGAAACGAACUCAAUCAAGUUACUACACUAACUGAAUUUAAGGAGUGGAUCAUUAAGGAGGUCAAGAUCCAACGUGUCCCUAACAGGGAGGAGGUUCAGAUCCCAAAAUACUUAUUGAAGGGUCUUUACCAUUCUCAGACCGACUCUAGCGGCAACACACAACAAACAAAAGCAAUAUUCUUCGAAGCACGGUCAAUCUAA